AUGAGCAAACUUAACCUUGCCUCGCAGUACCAAUCGCUCUGCUCCAGCAUCCAGGGGCACCACACACCCCGGUCAGGGACACCAUGGGGAACAAUUUUGUCUGCUGCUGACCAAUCUCAAUCAGAUUGCUCCUUUUCUAUCGCGGAACCAAGAGAGCCGAGCUUUUGCCAGCGGAGUGCUCCGGCUGCUUGCUCUGAUCCCUCACUCUUUACACCGAGGAGCAACUCUGUAGGCAAUUUGCAAAGGAUUGCGACUUCUGAUUUACAACAUGCACGGACAGCAGGCUCAAACAUGCGUCCAAGGUGCAUGCGAUAUACAGAAACGACCACAGUACGCUCUACAUCUUGUUCUAAGGAAGACGGCUCCCAGCCCAUAAUACAAACAGUUCUAGUACCUUUGCCUCAGACCACGAAGCCACAGGUGCAGGUAGCCCGGACGAGCAGCCGUACCAGGACAGUCUAUCCUGCUCCUCUUCCCCAGCUGCCCACCUGUAGCACACCAUUUUCUAAAAAGUGCUGGACUGAGUGGCGGUCAACUCCCGGCCCAGGAGAAUACUCUGUCCAGUCACAUAAGGCAAUAGGAACCAACAAUCAUGCACAUAAUUUUGGAGACGUCUAUGUCAAUGGAGUGCUCAUUGAAAGAACAAGCAAUGCGGUCCAUGAGAAAUUGGAACAGGAACGGCGCAGACCAAACUUCUACUCAUAUUCGACCACUAAGAAAUAUGAUAGUCCGUGCUAUUUGAUAAAUCCUCUAGGUGAGCGUAAAGAAGGUGGAAAAUUUCAAACACGUGACCCGAAACAGACCCUCAGAGAUGUUCGCUGCCACGACGGGGUCCGGCUCCGAGACAUUAUGCGGCAGAAGGCAGUGAAAGACAUGGGUGUAACGUUUUGA